AUGGUGGUAGCCUCUCCAAAUCCGAAUGGAAACGAGAAGAUCCAGCUCGUCGAUCUCCCCGUCAUCGACCUUUCCCUCCCUCGAUCAGUGGUCUCGAAGCUCAUUGUGAAGGCCUGUGAGGGCUAUGGUUUCUUCAUGGUGAUAAACCACGGCGUUCCAAAAGAAGCCAUAUCGAGAAUGGAGGAAGAGAGCCUUACCUUCUUCUCCAAAACGGCGUCGGAGAAGCAACGUGCUGGGCCGGCCAACCCAUUCGGCUACGGAAGCAAGAACAUAGGCCACAAUGGCGACAUGGGUGAGGUCGAGUACCUUCUGUUCAACACAGACAAAGCCUCCAUUGCUCAAAGGUGCAAAACCAUCUCAGACGAUCCAACCAAAUUCAGCUCUGCAGUGAGUGAUUACAUUGAGGCCGUUAGGGAAUUGGCAUGUGAGCUUUUGGAGGUGAUCGCCGAGGGGCUGUGGGUCCCGGACACGUCGGUGUUCAGUAGGCUCAUCACUGACGUCGAGAGCGACUCGGUUUUCCGGCUUAAUUACUAUCCGCCAACGUCAUCGUCGCCAACCUCCAAAAUCGGGUUCGGGGAGCACACUGACCCUCAGAUUCUGACUCUCCUCAGAUCCAACGACGUCGGAGGCCUCCAGAUCUCACCGCAAGAUGGUGUUUGGGUCCCGGUGACGUCCGACCCCGCUGCCUUCUGUGUUAAUGUGGGUGACGCUCUGCAGUCACUGCUGGACAUACAUGACUGCAUGCUAGAAGCUUUUCUGUAUUCAUGGCAAAGUGAGGGCCCACCAUAUCAGUGUAGUCUGCAUGCCUGCAACUUAUCACAGUAUCCAGAGGCCUCUCUUGGCCCACAGGGCGAUGACAAAUGGAAGAUUUGUGAGCGUAAGACACAGAGCCUUAACCAACUCCUUCAAGUCAAGAAUGUCGAUGGCGCUUUUCUCAGGCCCUCCUCUAAAUGCAACCAUGAAAGCUCUCCCAGAAAUGGUCACACCAGAGAACCCUCUAGUCUACAAACCAUUCACUUGGGCUGA